AUGUCCAAGUCCAUUAGAAUAUUUUUGUGCGCACUUAUGCUCGUGGAACUGCUUGGAUUCCCGACUGGAGCCCAGAGUAAUACAUGUUUAUUAUCCGAUCCUCCGAGUCAGUGCAGCGCCUUCUGUGUCUCCGCACUACAGCCAGUUAUCGAUCACCUUAGAAAGGAUCUAGAGGAUUGGGGCAGCAGCGAUGUGAAACUAAACGAAACGCAGGAAAAACUACAGCGCAUUGAGUUGGCGGCGAAUGAGAUACUUUCCGGAACCCAGCUCAUUUUCCAUUUGUCAAAUGUGACGCACACUGUAUCAGAGGACCUCGCGAAAGACUGGACAGGAUUGAAGGCAAUCAGGCAGUCCUAG